CCUCGUCUCUUCCCUGUACUCGAAACAUUUCACAACGUCGUCAUCGCAACCAAUACCUGACUCGCUCGCCCACCAAACACUACUUCUUCGCUCUCAAGAGCUGAGACCGCGUCUCUGUUUUGCCUGACUGCAGCCAGCAGCACGUCCUAUGGCUGCCCUUGCGUCGUCUCGUCAGCCUGCGCCAGUCCAACAGUUAACACCGCCCAGCAGCUCGCACGGCGCAGGAGGAUCGUGGGAGUUCGCUGUGCCACUGGACGGUUCGAGGCAGUCCUACGAUCAAGAAGCCUUCAUGUCCGGCAGUUCAGUGCCCGCGUACGCCAACCGCCAACCGCAUACCUCGCAAGCCAAUGGCUUCGCAAAGCCCGUUCGCUCGACAACCUGGGAGUCGCAAGGCCAGUAUGAGGACGACAGGGUGAUGCAAGCGUCGGGACGUGCAAGCUCACUGCACAAGAAGCCAAGUCGAGACAUUAUUGCCAGCGGCGAACAAGACGGCGCACAUGGCAAGAGCAACACCAAAGGCAAAAUGGGGCCUCCAGCAUCGGUCAGGGGCCGCGGUGCGAACAAGUCUGCCGCUGGAAGCCCUAUCGAUCCGGAAGCAGACCAGAGCAACUGGAUCCACCGAGACAAGCUGAAGGAGAUCGAGAUCAGGGAAAUGGAGGAGGCUGGUUUCAGAGUUGGGCGCACAAGCAGAUCGAACAGCCGGUCGCGGAGGACACGAGACCGCACCAACUCUGAGCUUGCUGAGGGGCUGCAGAAUGGCGAUGACCGCUACGAAAGACGCGUGGUGUCUCGUAUACCUGCCGAAGACGAGGAAACUCUACACGAACAGCAGUAUCAUGCAUGGAGUCCAGCAAGUAGCGAGGGCCCAGCACCAGAGAUGCAGCCACCGUCGUCGCGAACAAACCACAACGUGAGGCCUAGUACGUCUCGCAUUCCUCUACCGAAAACGAGCGGCAUACCUGUACCGGCAGCAGUUGCAGAUCGGGAGGCACCGCUGCCGAGAUCACGAACGAGCAGCGCCAACUGGAAUGGAGACAUUGCUGCUGCUGGUGCGCGAGUACGCAGCGGAAGCAUGGGAAGCCAGGUACUUCUCGACGACAUUACAGACGACAGGAAGCAUGGCCACACCCGCAACAACUCCUCUUCAGCUAGCGCGUCGUCGAUGAAGCAACCUCCCAGAUCGCCGGUCAAGGCGAAGACGCCAGGUAAGCCAGCGGCUGCUGCGGGCGCCAGGAAGACUAGCACCACAACAAAGACUACGUCCAAGACGAGACAGGUUUCGGGUACAAACAAACGGCCUGGCACGAGUGGAAAUGCUGUCUCUCGUCCGACCACCGGCCACCGACCUGAAGGAGAAGCGCCUUGGAUUGCGACCAUGUACAAGCCGGACCCACGUCUUCCGCCAGACCAGCAGAUCAUCCCCACACACGCAAAGCGAAUGCAACAAGAGCAAUGGGAGAACGAGGGCCGAGUCGGGUCCAUGUAUGACACAGACUUCCGGUUGCUCAACACCGAAGAGAUGGGAACUCAGCGUCUGUCUCAGAUCGACCCUGUUGCGCUCGAGAAGGAGAGGGAGAGCGGCCAGUGGCCUCUUCCAAGCCCAGAGAAGCAGCCUUCACCGUCAGACGAGAAGCAUGAGCCCAUGGCCGACAAAUCUCCGGCAGUUGAGCAGCCUCAGUUCAAGCUCACGCCAACGAUCCCGCAAAGCCCUCUCGUGCCCUCGCCGAAGCCCGCGUCAGUCAAGCGAGUGCCUAGCGAGAAGCCCAGAACCACCCGAGUUCCGGAGCCGAGCGAAGAGACCCCCGAGAAGAAGGGCAAAUGCUGCAUCGUCAUGUAGCAUCCGUUCCUGCAUAUACCCAUUUCCUUCCCAUCUCCACAAUAUACUGCCGACCAAAUCGUUUCUUUCAUGUACAUGGCGUUCGAGCGCGGGGUGGCUAUACCUUUUGCCUUCUUCCCCCACCUCUGUAUUACUGGGUUCAUAGCGUACAGCGUCCCACUUAGUUUCUUUUCGAGUUAUUAUUCCAGAUCAUCGUACCCUCUACAUCCGGUGGUGGACCGGUGUUUGCAUUUCUAGAUAUAGCACCGCCUCAAGAUCCACGCAUCCAACGACUUCGCUGUCGAUGAGCACACGCGCUCCGCUGUUUUGUCUGUAGACACAGGCUGAAGCGAAUGGGA